UAUCUCCUUAAAUUAGAAACCAGUAAGAACCGGUUUUAUUAACGUCGAGUAAUUUUAACUGCAAUAUAAUUGAUUAUCUGUUUCUAUUCUCGACGGAGACAGCUUUAAUUGGCAUAAAUCAAUUGCGGAUGUCAUUCCUGUCAUUGUUCAUUUGUCAGAUAAUCCAGGAAUGUCGCAUUUAAUUACAUUUAGGUUAAACUGACAAGGGAAUCUGCCGACAAUUUGUAUUAGUAAUUAAUGACUUAAUAGUGAGUCAAGUCUAAAAUAGAGAAUUGAUUAUGGAGGAUGAGGACGAGCUGGAGCUUCACAGGCUACGGGAAAUUGCCAAGCUUGCAGCUAUAUAUCACAGCGGCGAAAGAAAGUUUCAGAGAAGAACAGAUCUUUCACAUGUCGUGCACGCCAGUCUACACUUCGUUCAAUUCUUGAUCAUAUCGGCUAUCGAAGUUUUUCAUCACGUGCAUCACUAUAUGAAUCAACGAGCACAAGAAAAGGAUGAUACAGUUCCAUCACUGCCAGAGGAAAGAAACCCUAUUUUUUUCGUAUAUCCCGCUUGCAUGCUGCUGAGCUUUAUUCUUAUGAUUCUUUGGCUUGUUAAAAAGAUAGUUCCCGAAAAUCCCGGGAUGCCUCUCACAAUAUGCACGACAGGAGCUAUUCUGAUGCUUGUGACAGGAAUAAUGGAGAUGAAACACGCUGAUAUGUACAUCGAUGUUACCGAAUUUACUGACGAAGAAAUAUUAGAGCAUCCUAUCUUCAUUCAUAAUUUUGUAAUGUGCAUAUUGUCGAUCUUCGUCAUGAUUCUGUAUCUGGUUCAAGCAUGGGUUCUUUUCGACCAAUGGCAGUGGAUUCAAAAAGAGCGAGACACAAGUAUAUCGGAUGAUAUGCGAAGUUCCGACUCUAGCGUAGGCACUGACGAUCGUUCUAUAAUAGAGGAAAAAAUUAGUGAAUGCGAUUCUGCGCAACAAAUUGGAGAACUGGCACCGAUUCCUACCCUUCAAGAAUUGGCCACCUUUGGUGCAAUCACGGAUAGUGUAGAUGUGGAAGAUGAACCGAUACUUUAUUGCUGUUUCGUUGAUUGGUAUAAUUAUAUUAAAAUAAAAAUGGAAAUUAAACCAAAGCACGAGUUUCGAGUAAUUCACGUCAUGUGACGUACCCGUCAAAUAUUAAAAAAAUUAUUAAUAAUUUAUUAAAUGUAUUAAGAAUAGUAAUUGUUGGUAUAUUGCUUUCGUCGCUGUUGUCCUGAAAUCGUUGAACAGACAUCUAUUACGCCAUCUUGAGAGACUCUGAAAAGUUAGCUGGUAAAGCUAUCUAGUUCUGUGAAUAAAACAGCUAACUUGUAACAAAUUCAAGCUGUUUACAAAAUAAAUUUUUUAUACAGUAUCUGUUCGCAUAAUUUUUUUAAGCAAUUUUAUAGUAAUAACAUUUUUAUCUUUACAUUAAACUUGAUAAGACAUAAAUAAAUAGCUCUGAUAGAAAUAAUAAAAGUAACGAUAAAAAUAUAUUUAUAUAAUAAACAUUAUUUCAUUAUAUAUAUUUUUAUAACAAAUCUGUAAUACUUAGAAUAUUUACAUACACUCAAAUAAUAUAUUUUAAAAUUAAUAAUAAUUAUUUUUCUGAAAUCACGAUAAAAAUUUGAUGAUAGCAAUAUUCAAUGUAAGAACGUUUUGUGGAAAUGAUUCAUAUUGAUAAAGAACGACAUUCAUGUGCAUUAAAAUCUUUCUGAGUAAUAAAUCUUUCUCAGUAAA